AUGGCUGCGACGACGACGACCCUCUCGCUCGCAUCGCGCUGCGCGACCGCUCAUCGGAGGCUCCGGGCCACCACCUCCGCCUCCGCGAGGGUCCCCCGGCGCCCUCGCGCCCUCGCCGUCGUGGCGGCCGCGGGCAAGAAGGGCGAGGCCAAGACCGGGAUGAACCUCAUCAAGCCAAAGCCGAUGUACGCCAAGGGCGAGGAGCCGUGGUGGAUCGACCCGGAGACCGGGAAAGCGCCGGGGUACCUCCAGAUCACGGUGUUCAUGGCGUCGCAGCUGUUCGUGGGGAUGGUGAUGCAGCCCUUCGCGCUGUGGUACGGGCAGCUCUUCGAGCCUUACGUCCAGAACUGCACCGGGAUUGGGUGCUGA